UCCACAGAGCAGGAUCAUGGCCUCCCCCGCCGUCUCCGUGGAGCAGCUGUGCUGCCCGGUGUGCCUGGAGGUCCUGAGGGAGCCGGUCACCGUCCCCUGCGGACACAGCUACUGCCUGCGCUGCAUCCAGGGCUUCUGGGACAGCCCCAAGCAGAGGGGGCGCUACAGCUGCCCCCAGUGCCGGCAGCUGUUCAGCCCCAGACCCGCGCUGAGCCGCAACACGGUCCUGGGGGAGCUGGUGGAGACGCUUCAGAGGGGCAGGACGGUCCCGGUCCCACCCCCGACCCGGCCCCUGCCCCGGCCCCAGGGAGUCGGCUGCAGCGUCUGCUCGCCCGGGGGCAGCAGGGCCCUGAAGUCCUGCCUGGUGUGCCUGCGCUCCUACUGCGGGCCCCACCUGAGGGUCCACGAGGAGCGCUUCCGCCGAGACCCCCACAAGCUGAUCCCGGCCUCGGACCACCUGCGGGAGAAGCUGUGCCCGGAGCACGGGAAGCUGCUGCGCCUCUACUGCCUCACGCACCAGCAGUGUGUGUGCUCGCAGUGUGCGAGGGAAGGCCACCGGGGCCACCACACCGUCACCGUGGACGACCAGAGGGCCACGCAACAGAAAAGACUGGAGGAUUCGUCUUCCGAGUCUUUGCAGAGGCUGAAGGAGGCGGAGAGGGAGCUGAAAUACAUGAUCAGAUUGGUGAAGCACUCCACGGAGGCCGCCAUCGACGAGAGCGAGAGGAUCUUCUCCAAGAUGAUCCGGUCCAUCGAGAAGGAGGGCCGGGAGCUGAAGGACCUGCUCCGAGCCGAGGAGAGGCUGGCCGUCAGGGAGGCCGAGGACGUGCUGGACAAGGUCCAGCGGGAGAUCGCAGCGCUCCAGAGGACGGACGCAGAGCUGCAGAAGCUGUCGGCCACCGACGACCACGUCUACUUCAUCCAGAAAAGCAAAUCCCUUCGUUUUCCUGCCAAGACAGUGGAGAUCCCCAACACGGAGGAGCUCCCCUAUGUGAUGUAUAAGAGCCUGCGAGGGGCUCUGACUGACCUGAAGAACAGUCUGAAGGAGACAUUUCAGCAAGAAUUCAGCAGAAUAUCUAAGAAGGAAACUUCACUGAAGGAAGGCAGCAAACCGAGAGCCUCGGAAAACACUAAAGAACCUGUUAACCCUGACACAACCACACAGCCCAGCAUCUCACACACGGCAGCAGAAGACCUGAACGCACUUUACGACCUGGAGCCACAGACCAGAGCGGAUUUACUCCAAUAUUACAACAACAUCGCGCUGGACCCCAACACGGCCAACCCGUACCUGUGGCUGGCCGAGGGCAGCCAGGCGGUGACCACGCUGUCGGAGGCUCAGCCCUACCCGGACCACCCGGACCGCUUCGGCAGCUGGGCCCAGGUGCUGUGCCGGGCCGGCAUGGCGGGCCGCUGCUACUGGGAGGUGGAGUGGGAGGGACGCGUCUCCAUCUGCGUCUGCUACAAGAGCAUGAGCCGGAAGGGGCGGGGCGACGACAGCAAGAUGGGCCACAACGCCAAGUCCUGGAGCCUGGACUGCUCGGACACGCUGUGCACGUUUCACCACGACCGGCACAGCGUCAGAGUCCCGGCCGCCUGCUGGCGCAGGAUCGGGGUCUUCCUGGACUUCCGGGCCGGGACCCUGUCCUUCUACAACGUGUCGGACCCCAUGCUGCAGCUGCAUAAGGUCCAGACCUCCUUCAGCCAGCCGCUCUACCCGGGGUUCUGGGUGGGGCUGGGCUCCAGUCUGCGGCUCCGCUGGAUGAGAGCGCCAGAAUGAAUCCAACAACCGCAGGAGGAAUCAAGGCCAGGCGGAUUUUUGUGCUCAAAACUUUGCUUUUUAUUAACCGUGUGAGCCGCGAGCAGCAGCAACGCUUUGGUGGAGCAGGUGGAGAAGACGGAGCUCAGAUCUUAUUGAAGGCGGCGACGUCCACGCUCUGGACCUGCAGAGGAACAACGCGCUGGUUAUUUGACUGCAUUUGUUACAAGAGUUACACACAAAGCUGGUUUGCGCAGAGGUCUUUCAGUAAAUUAAAUAUA